CCUAUUUAUUCUGGAGAACCGAGUUUCUUCGAAACAAAUGGCUCAUUGGCCAAUUCAUAGUGCUGAUAAUCUCCUAUGCUGACCUGACUGUGUCAAUGGCGACAGGGUGUUCUGAAUUUUAUCGUGUUCGACGAUUCUUGCGGCCUUAUUUCUUGAUAUCUAGCAGUCAAAUGUUGAAAAAGACCAUCAAGUGCCUGUGGAAUACGCUGCCGGAAUUAGCGAGCUUCUUGCUACUUUUGAUGUUGUGGAUUCUCAGUUCAACAGUAGCUGCCAUGUGCCUCUUUUCUGGUCCACUUCGACAGAAAUCCGGUAAUUUGUCACGUGACCCAUCUCUCUCGUCUAAACGGCGCGGUUUGGGCUGGCUAUACGAGACAUUCUACAAUCUCAUCAUCCUUCUAACUACGGCCAAUCAUCCAGACGUAAUCCUCUCGAACUACAACGAAAAUCGCGCCGCCUCCUUUUUCGACAUCAUCUUCCUUGCCGUGGGCACAUACAUCUUCAUGAACAUCUUCACGGCCAUAAUGUACAACCAGUUUCGUGGGUACCUGCAUUCCUCCGUCGAGAAACGCAUCUUCAGGCGACGCGUGGCUGUCCGGGCUGCGUUCGAAGUUCUCAAAUCGCGUGAUCUCAUCCCGGUUGUCGAUGCGGACAAAAUACUCCAACUGUUGGAUGAGGUUCAAAUGCCGAGUUGGAAGAAAGCUGUGAUCUCCACAAAACUAAUGGCGCAGUAUGAUGGAAAUCCCCUCAAGGUGAACGAAUUCAUGGAUGUCUUCCGACUGCUGGAUUUGGCCGCUCCACCAAGGACUCCUGUCCUCGUUCGCCAAUUCACUAGUCCAAUCGCCUCUCAAGUGCAGCUCUUCUGCCUCUCCAAUCUGUACAGAAAAAUCGAGCUCUUCCUUUCCAUUGUCAACGUGGUGUGCAUUGUUUUGCAACUAGUCGCCUUUGAAGACGCGGAAACGCCCAGCUUCGCGUUUUUGAUGAUCAAUACGUGCUUUGCGGGAGUGUACAUGCUCGAGAUUGGCGUCAGUGUGUGGAUCCACGGUUGGCGUGCCUCGCUACUCACGCCAGUGACCAUUUUCGACUUGGUUGUGUCCACGUCCAACUUGGUAAGUGGUAUAGAUUUUGACGUUGCUGUAAAGUGUGCGUGGAUUGCCGGCAUAACCUCACCACCACCACCACCACCACCACCACCACCACCACCACCACCACCA